AUGUUUGGGUUUGAAUUCGCGGGGUUGAUACUGGCUAUCGUCCCCAUAGUCAUCGCAGCUGCCGACCAUCAACGGAGAGUGUACGGCGCCUUCACCACAGCCCUUCGAAGCCGGGUGAAGGACGAAAAGUUGGCCAGCCAGUACCAGCAUCUCCACAAUGAAGUCGCUUUGCUCAACCUCACCAUCCGGGACUUCAUAGUCGAUCUGCCAGCACUCAGCACCAGCGACAAGGAACAGCUGCUCAAGUUAGACCAGCAGCUGUGGAAAGAGGACCGGGUGAAGCUGGCCUUGUCGCAGAAAUUGGGCAACUCCGACGCCGCCUUCGUCGACGCGCUAAAGACAGUCCUCAAGUGCCUUGAUGAUGUGUUGAGUGACCGCGUGCUGAAACUACAAAGGGCCGACAUCGUGCAAGCCCCGAGGGGGCUGUACACGAAACUUGAGGCCCUCCGCGAAUAUGGCGGAGAUCCGAAGGACCUCAAGGGACGCAUCAGGUUUACCUCGAGCGACAGCAAGAGGCGCAGGGCACUGUCGCUGCUCACGGAGCAGAACAAGACCUUGGAGCGUUUCAUCCGCCAUCAACCGGUGGCAGGAGAAGCACGGGGGACCCAGCCGAUCCAGGAGUCGGAAUGGAGGUUGCCACCGCGAUUGAGGGCCAGGAAUCUCAUCCACAGCAUGUACGACGCCAUCGCCAGGGUCUGGACCUCGCAUUGCACUUGUCCCUCUCCUCACGAGGCAAUGCUCUCGCUGUGCGGGUGCUUUGCCUGGUUUGAGGAAGCUUCUGAUGACGGGCUCGACCUGUUCAUCUCUACCGGACACGAGGCACACCGCAAAUGGCAGCAAAGCCGGGUCCGCGUCGAGCCUGCCCAACGACGCGACUCGAUGCAGGUCAGGUUUGAGGGCAGCACAACACCCCCCGGCUCCCGCAGGACCAGUCCGUCGACGUCUGAAGGAAAGGUACAUGUCGAGUCCAUCUGCGGGAUAGUGUGCACGGCUCGCCAGAACAACGUCGCGCUCGAGGUCGUUUACGAAAGUGACACACUGUGGCACAAGGCCCGCAAGCAAUCUACGCGUAUCAUGGAGCCAUGCGUCACGCUUGAUCAGCUGCUUCGCGAUGAAACUUCAAGGAAGCUCAAGGAGAGGCGGGUCCUGGCAGUGCUGCUUGCCCAUUCCUUGCUGCACCUCUCCAACGACAGUUGGCUGAAGGAUGAGUGGGACAAGACGCACAUCUCGUUCUUUUCGUCGGCUCCGGACCAGCUCAACCUUAAGCCAUACCUGACAACCGACUUCCAAGCUCUUGCUGAGAGUAACGACGGAUCCGGCAUGCAGUUGCACCCAAGCCCUGCGAUUCUUGCCCUCGGCAUUGUGCUCCUGGAGCUGCAGAUUUGGGCGACGAUCGAAAGCAGGAGGUUGCCCGAGGAUCUGACAGAUGACGGAUCGGUGAACGUCAACACGAACCUGAUGACGGCAGAGAGGGUCUUCCGGGACGCAGAUGACGAAAUCUUCGAGAACUAUCGAGCGGCAGUGCGCGCGUGCCUCGACUGCGAUUUCCUGGAUGAGCACGGUGUCGACGUCGACUUCAACGAUGACGGUUUCCGGACGCUUGUGUACGAAAACAUAGUCGCACCUCUCGAAAGGGAACUGUAUCAGGGUUGGAAGAUGAAGCCGAAGGAUCUGUUGACGCCAAAAAUGGAGCGAUCGGAGCCCCAGACGAAUCCCCGGCCCGCGGCCACUGGCAAAAGGCAGCCGUGGAAAGCCGUGUGGCCAGCGCCCCGCGAACCCCAGUCUCAGGCGAACUUGUUCGGCUUCAAGAAGGGAGAGAUGAUGGUGUUUGACGGAAACGCCGGCAACUUUUUUGCGCGAGACAAGUGGACAAUUGAGCAGGAAAGCUCUCAACAGUAG